AUGAAGUCUGCCGUCGCAUCCCUCAUUCUCGCCGCCGCCGCCGUCUCGGCUCAGAUCACCCUCAACACCCCCUCGGGCGCUACUGGCGCUAUCCAGUGCGAGGUUUACCAGGUCUCUUGGACCGGCGGUACCGCGCCGUUCGACGUCCGCCUCAACGACGCCGCAAACAACUUCGUCGAGGAGGUUGGCCAGGGCGUCCAGAGCUCGCCCAUCCAGUGGACCGUCAACCAGCCCGCUGGCCAGGAGUUCGGCCUUGUCAUCAUUGACAGCACCGGCGCGACUGGUCUCUCUGGCCAGUUCACCAUCCAGACCUCGUCCAACACGGCCUGCCUGAGCGCCUCGGCAUCUACCGGCGGCUCCUCGACUGCCGCGGCUGCCAGCGGCACCUCUGCCGCUGCUUCUGCCACUGGCUCUUCCGGCUCGAGCGCUGGCUCGUCCGCAUCCGCCUCUGCAUCCGCGUCGGGCUCCAAGGCCGCCUCCUCUGGCUCUGCCUCGGCUUCGGCAACGGGCACCGCCGCCGGCUCGAGCGCAUCCAACUCCUCGGCCGCGAUGCACAACACUGUCGGCGCCGGCUUCAUCGGUGCUCUCUUCGCCGCCGCCGCUGCGCUUUUCUAA